CAGCCGGUCCCAGUUUCCACCAAUCGAUGUGGCGGCGUGGGCUGGGAGGGCUCUGGCCUACAUAAGCGCCAGGCGGGCACUGUGCGCCCGCGCUGAGACCCGGCAGAUGCGCUUGCGAGGCCAUGGCCAGGCUGGCGGGGGCCUGGCCCGCCCAGCGCUGGGGCUGCGCCACUGCCUUCCUCCUCCUCCUCCUCCUCACCGUGCAAGCCGCCCAGAAAGCUGACCUUAGCAGCGAUGCCACAGCAGCCACCAUCAACCACUCACUGACGCUGCUGCAGCGGCUGCAGGAGCUGCUGCAGAACGGCAAUGGCAGCGACUCAGUGUUGCGGGUGCGCACGGCUGCCUCCGAUGAGGCCAAGGUGUUCCACACCCACCAGCUGCUGCUCAGCCUCCAGAGCGAGGUCUUUGAGAGCCUCCUGCACAACCAGAGCAUUGUCACCCUGCAUGAGCCGCCUGAGACUGCUGUGCUCUUUGAGAAGUUUAUCAGGUACCUGUACUGCGGGGGAGUCUCCAUCCUGCUGCACCAAGCCAUCCCCAUGCACCAGCUGGCCAGCAAGUACCGGGUGUGGGGGCUGCAGCGCGGCGUGGCUGACUACAUGAAGACCCACCUGGCCAGUGAGUCAAGCCAGGGCCAUGUGGUGGGCUGGUACCACUACGCCGUGCACAUCGGGGAUGCGGCGCUGCAGGAGAGCUGCCUCCAGUUCCUGGCCUGGAACCUCUCGGCCGUGCUGGGCAGUGCCGAGUGGGGCUCGGUGAGUGUGGAGCUGCUGCUGCUGCUGCUGGAGCGCUCCGACUUGGUGCUGCACAGCGAGCUGGAGCUCUACACCGCCGUGGAGAGCUGGCUGAGCCGUCGGCAGCCUGAGGGUCUUGUGGCCGAACAGGUGCUGCGUGCCAUCCGCUACCCCAUGAUAGCCCCCAGCCAGCUCUUCCGGCUGCAGGCGCAGUCCACGGUGCUGGCACGGCACUACAGUGCGGUGCAGGACCUGCUUUUCCAGGCUUUCCAGUUCCACGCUGCCUCCCCACUCCAUUUCGCCAAGUAUUUUGAUGUCAACUGCAGCAUGUUCCUACCCCGCAACUACCUCGCGCCCAGCUGGGGCUCCCAGUGGGUCAUCAACAACCCGGCACGGGAUGACCGCAGCACCAGCUUCCAGACCCAGCUGGGUCCCAGCAGCCACGACGCCGGCAAACGGGUGACCUGGAAUGUCCUCUUCUCACCACGCUGGCUGCCCGUCAGCCUGCGCCCCGUCUACUCGGACUCAGUCUCGGGUGCCGUCCAGCCAGUGCGCAUCGAGGAUGGUCGCCCCCGGCUUGUCAUCACCCCGGCCAUGAGCAGCCCUGACUUUGCUGGCGUCAGCUUCCAGAAGACGGUGCUGGUGGGUGUGCGGCAGCAGGGCCGUGUCCUGGUGAAGCACGCCUACAGCUUCCACCAGAGCUCAGAUGAGGUGGCUGACUUCCUCGCCCACGCCGACCUGCAGAAGCGCACCUCUGAGUACCUCAUCGACAACUCCCUGCACCUCCACAUCAUCAUCAAACCCGUCUACCACUCCCUCAUCAAGGUGAAGAAGUAAAGAGGCAGAGCUGGGCCCCGUCACUGGACUGGCCCCAGCCCCGCAGGGGGGCUCACGCUUGGUCCUCCUGCUCGUAGGUAGAUGGAGGUCCCCAUGCCGGGGGGCCCCAGGGCUGAGCUGCCCACUGCCCACCCCUUCCCAACUGUCCCCCUGCCACGUGCCGUCCCCAUCGCCGUCCCUGGGUGCCUGCGGCGAGCUGGGGGUGGGGGACGCUGGGAAUCCCCCAGCCCUGUGUGGGUGGUGCAAGAGGCGAAACGUGCAGCCCAUGGCUGCAAGCACACCCUGGGCUCACAUACCCCAGUGGGCAAGAGGAUGGGGAAAGGGACAAGCCCAUCCAUCCUGUGAUGCCACCCCUGCAGCACGGGGGUCCCCCUGUGUGCCAGGCGGCGAGGUCGUGGUGCUGGUUACCCCAGCAGCAGCACCCUGGGGCUCGGCAGGGGCGGGAUCUGGCUGCGUCCCCAACAGAGGAUGCUUGGGGCACUGUCCCCACUCACGGCUGACAGUUGGCCCAUCCCUGCCCGAGCACCCUCACCCCCUUCCUAAUAAAAGCA